GGGUAGUUAUAAAAAUAUUUGGUAUUUUAUGUAACCAUACCAACGGUAACAUAUCACAUUUACAUUUACUAUGUUACGUCUAGUCUAUGAGACCAGUCUGCCUACACAGGUAGUCUUUACUUCCAUCGCCUGUCAUUUGACUGUCAAAUAUUUUUUAUUUUCACCUGUUGCAAUGCCCCGGUAUGGAGCUCAUCAUGUUCAGAGGGUUGGAUCGAGGUGGAGUUACGGUCAAAUAUUUGGUGGUCCUGUUCCUCUUCGAAUUGGCGUCUAUGUUCUCAAAGAACCGAGGGGUUGAAUGAGAAUGGUAUACACUAGGCUAUGUGUCAGGCGUUUUAUACAGAACAGAAGAAAGUGUAACCCAGUUUGGAUGAUUUAUUCCUUUUUGGAUGAAUGCGGAGACGCGGUGCGCCCUCGUUGAAUGGGAGGGAGGCUGCCUUUGCGCACCAAAUGAAGUCAUGAACGGCAGAACGAUGAAGUCAUCGCCUGAACUUGCAGCUAUAAUUUCUGUGCACUGAUCGAUCGAUGUACACACACAGAUGAGGGGUUCUCGCCGUCUUGGGAAGUGGGUCAUGGAAUAAUCGGUUCACCUAUUUUCUUUGUAAGGCUAUAUGUGAAAGCUUGGGUUUGAGAGUUAAUUUGUCUGUUAAAUUGGUAUGCUACUGUCGCCUGAUAAAAACGUUUGACAUGUUUUGGUUCGUUUUUGGACACAGAUAGUGACAACAUUUAUUGUAAGAAUAGGCUAUAGCCUACAUUUCCAUUUUGCGUGAUGCAGAUCAAAUGUGUGCUGUCAAGUUUGUGUGGUAGCCUACAGUUUUCAAUAGACCUAAAUCAAGAUUGAAACAUCAGAAAGAUGUGCUCGUUUUGUAAAUAUAUCAAAGUACGGAAUAAAACAUGCUGUAAAACAUGCUGCUCUGAGAAAUUGGACGUUGUUGUCGUUCAUGGUGUAGCGGAGAACGAAGCAAUUUGAGACAUGGAUAAGUUUCUGCAGAUCGCGCCUCACUCCCUGGGCAUAGUGCUGUCUCGGGUUGGCGCCGAGGAGUCGCCCGCGGUAACCGACAAGCUCCAGCAACAUCACACGGGCUACGAGAUAUUUGCCGAUUUCAAAGCCGUCAACAUGCAGCACUUCUGGAAUAAGAAAAUGACCGAUGCGAUAUCGGAGACUUUCUUCCUAGGCUGGAUUGACCAGGAUGUCCUGCUAAUCCAAGGGAAGGAACACCACCUCGAGGGGCUCAGAGAGGGAUGGACGAGGCGGGCCCUCAAACCGCCCGGAGGGUUCGAGAUCAAGUGCAUCGGCUUCUAAACAGAGGGGCUACGAGAAGUGUCCUAUGCAGGAAGGAAAGUCGAGUGUCUGUUCAGGAAAGGAACCAUGCUAAACACUGAAGCAUCAUUCUCCCCGGUGGAAGGAAGAGGAGGGGCCUGGAAGAGAGAAUUGGGGGAAACGAUAGACAGAAAUGAUUCUGGCAGCAUAUCCCAAGUGGUAACAGGAAUGACUCUGGCUGUAUUUCCAAAAGGGUGACAGGAAUUAGUCUGACAGAUUUUCCCAAGAGGUGGGUUGGGGCCCCACUGAUGUGUUGAGAGGAAUUCCUCACUAGGGUUGCAACUUAAGACUGGGUACCGUCCAGAAACAUGCUUAAUUAUUUUAAUUUUUUAUUUAACCAGGUAGGCUAGUUGAGAACAAGUUCUCAUUUACAACUGCGACCUGGCCAAGAUAAAGCACAGCAGUUCGACACAUACAACAACACAGAGUUACACAUGGAAUAAACAAACAUACAGUCAAUAAUACAGUAGAAAAAGCCUAUAUACAGUGUGCAAAUGAGGUAGGAUAAGGGAGGUAAGGCAAUAUAUAGGCCAUGGUGACGAAGUAAUUACAAUAUAACAAUUAAACACUGGAAUGGUAGAUGUGCAGAAGAUGAAUGUGCAAGUAGAGAUACUGGGGUGCAAAGGAGCAAGAUAAACAAAUAAUUACAGUAUGGGGAUGAGGUAGUUGGAUGGUGUCACGCCCUGGCCAUAGAGAGGCUUUUUAUUGUCUAUUUUGGUUAGGCCAGGGUGUGACUAGGGUGGGAGUUCUAUGUUCUUUUUUCUAUGUUUUUGUAUUUCUUUGUUUUUGGCCGGGUAUGGUUCUCAAUCAGGGACAGCUGUCUGUCGUUGUCUCUGAUUGAGAACCAUACUUAGGCAGCCUGUUUUCCCACUAUGGGUUGUGGGUAGUUGUUUUCUGUUUUUGUGUCUGCACCAGACAGAACUGUUUCGGUUUUGUUCAUUCUCUUUGUUAUUUUGUUUUGUGUUCAGUUUAAAUAAAAAUAACAUGAACACUUA